GCACCCAAACCCUCGCCGCCUCCGCAGAACACAAGCAGCGCCGCCGCCGCCGUCCACCUCCACCGCAGCAGCAACCAUGGCGCCGCCGCGGACGCUGGCGUACGACCUCAUCGGCGAGAUCCUCCUCCGCAUACCGCCGGAAGACUCCGCGUGCCUCGCCCGCGCCUCCCUCGUCUGCAAGACCUGGCGUCGGAUCCUCUCCGGCCCCGCCUUCCGAAGCCGCUAUCGCGAGCUCCACGGGCCGCCUCCGCUGCUGGGAUACAUCCACGUCUUGAAGGGUGACGAACCCUACUUCUCUCGCUGCGUCUCCACCUCCGCUCUCCGUCCCGCAGGCCGCGAUUUCCCCGGGUGGCUCGUGCUCGACUGCCGCCACGGCCGCGCCCUAUUCGCCACAUCAAGCCCCGACGCCGAGGGAGCCAUGGACCUGGUCGUGUGGAACCCCAUCACCAACGAGGAGCGCCGCCUGCCCAAGCCACCUCGGACCUUGCUGCCGGCAGGCGCCAGGCACGACUGCAAUGCGGCCGUGCUCUGCGCCGCGGAAGGUUGCGACCACAUCGACUGCCACGGGGGGCCGUUCCGUGUGGUCUUCGUCGCCACCUCUACCUCGUACAUGGAGACCGUCACUUCUGCCCGCCUCUACUUGUCAGAGUCCGGCGCAUGGAGCGAGACCACCUCUGUUCAUCACCACCUCGAGCUCGAGGAACGGUAUAUUUGUGUCGACAUGAUGCCCAGCGUCCUUGUGGGAGAUGCACUCUACUUCAGCUGCGGGAGGAAACACAUCCUUGAGUACCAACUAAGUGCCCAGCAACUAUCGGUGAUCGCCACACCGGCCCGUUUCAAUGGUGCAUGCAUAGUCAUCAUGAAGGCGGAAGACGCGCUGCUGAAACUCGUUGAUAUUGACAGGUCUAGCAUCUAUUUGUGGUCAAGGGAAGUGGAUGCUCACGGAAUUCCGAGGUGGGUUCAAAGCAGGACCAUCGAGCUCGAGACGCUGCUCCCUGAUGAUGUUCUCCCAGUAAAAUCUCGUUGGAUAUAUGUCAGUGGCUUCGUGGAGGGCACUGAUGUCAUCUUUGUGCAUUCAUCUGGUUAUGUCUAUAUGGUCCAACUCAAAUCAAGGCAGGUCACAAAGAUGGCCAUUAAGUGGGGGAGACUAUAUCCCUUCACUGGCUUCGGCAUUCCGGGAAUUAAAGCAGCUUCUAUUUGCGAGGGACCAAGAGACAGUGCUUCAAGUGCAUGACAAACACAAGGUGUUCUGAGUGAGGCAGGAAUUUGUCGUGGUGUUUGAAGAUGGCAUACAUGGGAUAUUGUGGUGAGACGACUCUAGGGUCUUUGAAUCAUUUAGUGGUGGAACAGCACUUCAGGAUAGCUAGGCUUUUGUGGUGGUAUUAUGUUCGUUCUUCGUGUACAGUGUGGAUUAGACUUCCCAGCCACUAUACUGUAAACCUGCGGGAUAAAGUACCUCAUUGGUGUCAAUGCUGAACCAUAGAAUAGUUGUAAGAUCACGGUAACAGCAGAUUGCUAUUGCCGUUGAGUUACGGUAUCCAUUCAUGAGUCGUAUUGACCGUUGUUCACAUGUUGCGAAGCUACCAUGCUGUUGCUUUCAGUAGGGUUGUUGACGUUUUUCUUAGGAAACAUAUAGGAUUUGCGAUAUUGUGCCUAUGCCAGUCUGAUGCUUGUAGCAUUAGCAUGGUCAUGAGAGCUUUUGGUUUAUCCAUGUGUGAUGCAGUGGCUCAAUAGCAAAGAAAUGUCUUGUCUUAAAAAUUAGCUGGCAGGGACAGGGCAGUCCUUUAGUUUUAUUUUUAGUUAGAUCAGGUGAUAUCGCCAUUCCUUAGAUGUGAAAUACCAUUAAGGCGGUUAUGUCAGUCAUAUGCCUAUAUUGUACUGAACCACUAUGUAGGGUUUUACUAGACAUAAUUUUUAGCUAUUCUAGAACCAUUCUGUAUUUGUGAAGAAACUGCAUGGCGUAGGGUUUUAAAACCCUGAAAUUCUACAGGGCAUCUCUUGGUGCAAUGGAAUUUACCAUGUGUGAGCUAUAAUGAUAAUUAAUAUCAACGCACGUGAAUACAAAUCAAAGAUGCAGUAGUUAGUUCAGAUUGCAUAGAAAAUGGUAUUCUUUCAAUACUCAUUUAGGUAUAUUAGCAUGUUUGCUGUCCCUUGGAUUAAGCCAAAGUUUCUUAGUAGGUUACACGAGUCAGAACUUAUUCCUCACACAAGUUAGCAAUAUAUUGACAGAUAGUUUGUUAUAUCUGUAAUAUUUUAAUGUGUCUUUCGCUGCAAUAUAUUCUUAUCUAAAUGUGCCAACAUCCCUUUUUAUUUGGGUUAUUUCGUACUAUGUUUCAAAUGAAACCAUCCUCUGUAGUCUGAAGGAUGACUAGAGAAGAAGGGAUGAUUACUCAUUUCUGUGCCCCUUCAUUCAAAACGAAACCACGUCUACAGACUUAGUACUAGCAUCUUCAAGUUUUCCCCUAGUUCCUUCACUUCUCAGUAUUCCAUAGUUUCUUAUUUGCUAUAUUGUUGGUCUGGUUAUUUUUCCUCCUGUAGUUGCUUACUUGUAUUGUGUGGAGAAGAACUUUUGGCUAUUAUGUUUCGGAUAGAUGUAAUGUGUACAUUGCAUACAUGGUAGAAACAUAUAAACACGGUAUCCAUUGGCAGAGGUUGCAACAUUACGACAAAAGCACAAUUAUUCAGUUUCAAACUGCAUCGUUUAAUGUUUCCCAAUCCUGACAUCCUGUAGGCAAACUGGACUAUUGCAUCUCCCCAGUGCUAAAUCUCUUAGUAAACACAGAGUGAUGGCAUCUACGACUACCAUGUGUUAUCUUCAUGAACGAUAAUAGAUGUCUAAAAUGUUAACCUAUCCAAAGAAAAGAAACAGAAAACAAGAACUUUGUUUAGUUUAGGUACACUACAAAAGACGAAUGCCUUAAUAUAAGAAGGAAAUACUAUUAUUUUUGAAUGCUUAUUCAGAUAUAUCAACUUUUUUAUUGCACUUAUAUAGUUAUAUCAACUAGAGCUCCAAAGUUGUUAAGUUUCUAUAUUGGUAUUUUCUAAUUAAGAAGGCGUCAUGUUUGCUUGACUGUGCUAGUUCAGAAGGUCAGUGGCCACAUAUUUGCCUGUAUUUACGUUAUACAAGUCAGAACUCAGGACAGCUCUUUCCCUAUAUUAAUUGGCAAUCUAUGCCAGAUGGUUCUGUACUUUCAUGGUUCUUUCAAGGGACUGAACACAUCUUGUCCUCUAUGAUCGAAAGCUAGCCGACCGCUCGCAGAUAGUGAAGGCCAGUUAGUUCAAAACUACUUGUCUGUUCCCUGCCCAUAUCCUAUUUGCAGACCAAUACCUAAAUCAAGAGCUCAUAAGGAACAUAGGAGCUGAAUAUCGUUUCUUGCUACAGCUUAUCGUUUCUUGCUACAGCUCAUACGCAGAUAUUGUGAAUGCUAAUGACUGAGUAUUGUUGGCCACAUUGUAGGUGUGGAAUAAUUUAUGUAGAAAUUUAGUCUUUGUAGGAUAAACCACUCCCUAUAUUCUGUUCGACCUUGCCCAACCCAAUAAAUUAUUAAUGCAGAUAAUCAAUCAACAACUAAAAUGAUCCACAAAAAAUUGUAUUAAAACAACAAAAUAAAAAAAGUUUCACUAAAAUACAUAGUUCAGUUUGACACUUCGAAUCAUUUAGUGGUGGAACAUCUCUUCAUGAUAAAUGGGCUUUUGUGGUGGUAUUAUGUUCGUCCUCCGUGUACAGUGUGGAUCAGACCUAUAGCAUGGUCAUAAAGAUCACGAUAACAGCAUAUUGCCAUCGUCAUUGAGUUUAAGGUAAUUCAUGCAUGAGUGGUAUUGACCAUUGUAUGUGUUGCGGAGCUAUUGUGGAUGUUGUUUUCAGUAGGGCUGUUGACGUUUUUCUUUAUCAUGGACCGGGUAGAUAAACGGGAAAACAGCAUUUGCGUGGGAGCUUAUAAAAACAUCAUCAUUGAUCAACUUGACAGGUACUCUUUCCUAAUCUCUUUAUUUUGAAGCAUAUAUGAUUUCCGACACUGUGCCUGUGCCAUGUUAAUGUUUCCACACUGUUUCUUGUGGUUUCUGUCUGAUGCAUGUCACAUUAGCAUAUGCAUGAGAGCUUCUGAUUUAUAGUGUGUAUUUCACUGAAAUAUAAUCUUGUUUUAGAUGUUCUGACAUUUUUAUGUAUCUGGGUUAUUUCCUACUAUAUGUUUGUAAUGAAACCAUCCUCUGAAGGCUGAAUAGAGAAGAAGAGAUGAUUACUCAUUAGUACACUGUCGUUAAAAUGAUACCACUUACUAGAGACUUAGUACAUCUUCAAGUUUCCCCUAGUUCAUUCGCUUCUCAUUAUUCCCUAGUUUCUUAUUUGAUAUGGUUUGCUUAUUUUUAUUCUUCCUGUAAGCGUACUUGCUUACAUGUAUUGUGUGGAGAACAACUGUCGGCUAUUAUGUUUCAUAUAUAUGUGACAUGUACAUUGCAUACAUGAUAGUAACGUAUAAAUUUCCAUAUGAUCUAGUCUCGGUGUGCGGACUCUAUCAACUUGUUUAUUGCACUUCUAUAGUCAUGUUCAACUGGAGCUGCAAAGUUGUUCAAUUCUUUUAUUGGUAUUUUCUAAAUGAGAAGGCGCCAUGUUUGAUUAACACUGCUAGCUCAGAUGUUCAGUGGAUACAUAUUUGUUUAUAUUUAUGUUUUUGUACAAGUCAGAACUUAGGAAAAAAAAAUUCCCUCAUAUUAAUUGGCAAUAUAUAGCACAGAUAGUUCUGUACUUUGAUGGUUCUUUCAACGGACUAAACACAUCUUGUCUUCUGUGUGAUCGAAAUAAGCUAGCCGACCAUGUGCAAUAUAGCGAAGGUCAAUUAGUUUAAAACUACUUGUCUGAUCCCUGCCCAUAUUCUAUUUGCAAAACAGUAUGUAAAUCAAGGGCUCAUAUGGCACGUAGGAGCUAAAUAUUGUUUCUGAUAAGCCAUGUCCUAAUUUCUUUGCAGGUUAUCCUUUUCAUUCAUUUAUUUUUCUUAAUACUCUUAUAAUUUAUUGGGAUGUGAUUGUGAAUGCUAACUAUAGAAUAUUGUUGGCAAAAUUGUAGGUUUGGAAUGAAUAAUUUAUCUUGAAGGUUACUUUUUGUAGGAUAAACCACUCGCUAUAUUAUGUUUGCUGCUAUAUUAGUUGUUCUUUGUAUCAAAUGAAAGCUAUUCAGCUAAGCAAGCAGCUGCUAUAUUAGUUCUUUGCUGCUUUAUAACUUAUUUGACAUUAACUGAUUUAAAUGUUAUGUUAAAUUAAUAAUGUUGGGGUAUGGUUAUUACUAUGCAUUUAUACCCUUUUUUUUAAAAUUCAAUGUCUAUAGAGAAAUGAGCAAUUUUAUGCUAUUCAUGUUGCCCAAAUUAUCCAUAGUUUGGUGACUCCUUCCCAAACAUUGUAUUUACUUCUCUUUCCAUUUUUCUGAUAUUCACCCAUAUUGAUUCAUAUAUAAGCAAAACUAAAAAAUAUUGCAGGGCUUGUGCGCAUGCUCAAGAUGGCAUCUGCAACCAUCAGUGCUCUUGUGUGCAUGUUCGGGAUGGUCGAGGCAUCAGGGAAAGCCGGCCGUCAAUCGCAGCUCCACCCCCGGUUCCUCAAGAACCUUUGGUUCAGAGGGUCAUGAUCGAGGAGCACGGCGAUGCCGCAUGGAGUUCUGCUUUGCUCCAAUCAAAUACAGGCAGCGAGAACGCGCUGGAGGAGCCGAAGAAAUACAAAGCGAUCAGAGAAUCGAUACUGAAUUGGAUGAAAAGCGCUGCCCCAGGACGCCAAUACAGACCCUUAGCGUACAGUAUGACGACGAAAAGACUACUUGUAACUUGGGUGUACAUAUGUAGUACAGUAUAAGCUACUAGGAUGUGGCCAGAAUCUAUAUGCCUAUGUAUAAGUAUAUAUAUGAAAGAUCCAUCAAGCCAGCUGCUCUGAGAUGAUGUCCAAGCUAUGGUUUUUGUGUAAAGUUGAAACCAAAAA